AUGCUGCCGCUGAGGUCCGCCGCCGCCGCGCCGUGCUCGGUUGCAGGACUGCUGCUCCACCGAUUCUCAUCCUGCUCGUCCUCUUCUGUCUAUUCGGUCCGCCACCACGCCUCGUCUGCUGUCUCCUCCCAGCCCACCACCUGCCCCACCACUAGCUGGUCCCCUUCCCCACAUUCCAGCAGCCCCAGGAUCCGGGGGUUUGCGGCCUGGGCAUCGGCGCCGGGGCAGGCGGGGUCUGCGGAUUCCCCCGCUACAAAGGCGCUAGAAGCUAAGAUCAAGGAGCAGCUGGAGGCGGACACAGUCACGGUUGUGGAUACCUCUGGGGAUGGCCGUCAUGUCUGUUCGCAACUUGUUCUUUUAGAAAUGUUCCUAUGUGAAGCAUUGUUGGUGAUUGAUGUGGAGAUGAUAGUGUUUUUUGCUUAA